AUGACAGCCGCCUCCGAGCGAUCUUGCCCAGUGGCCGGGUCUAUUAGGGAGAAGUACCCUUCUUGCUUUGCCGAAUCUAGCCCACAGAGCAGAGGGCCACGAGGCUGCUCCUUCUCUGGCUUUUCCCAACCAGGAGACCUUCAUGUUGCAUUUGACAUUCCCAGAGGUGUUGAUCCUGUCGAAUGGCUUCGCAUGAGAGAACGCAAGUCCAUCAAUCAGUUGCUGUACAGAAACAUCCCCUCCACAAAAGAGAUCGAUGCUACCAAGAGCCAAGCGGAGCUAGACGCACUCAAUGGCAAAGAGCAAGACGUUCUUGCCGUUGCGCUGGGAGCACCAGCAAGGCAGGUCAUGUUGCGAGCGGAAGAGAUUGGCCCACGAACAGGCUGGCGUGACGGAUACCUUAGCACCGAGCACGGCUUCUGCCCGCCAGACUACGACGAAGCAGCUGGUGCUCUUGCAAGAUCAGCCGGCCGCAUAUGGUCUGACCUCUGCGAGAGGAUGCCGGGAUGCGUUUCACGGGGCCGUGUUCGUGAGGCCAUUGCUGCGCUUCCAAUCGUCGAAGGGACAGAGGCGGUCAUACCAGAUCGUGCCCUUUGGGCUGCCCUUGUGUCUUUGGGCUUGCUCUGUUCCAUAUACCGCUUUGAAGACAAAUACGACGGCAAUGAGGGCGUGACUUCGGUCCUCGCCACGAAAACUCGGCCAAACUGUCUCAUGGGUGACGACCUCGGCGAAGAACUGUGUGGUAUUCCAAGAAGCAUCGCUUUGCCGUACUAUCACGUUUCUCAUCGCAUGGGACGAGCGCUGCCGCACCUGACCUUUGUCGACCAGUCCUCCUACAAUCUGAAGAUCAAGGACGCCACCUCUACUUAUCCAGCAGAAGUGACUUUUUUGAAGGGCGUAGCAGAGACUUCAGCAUCCUUCCAGCAUGGGCCAGACGCAAUUGCCGCCUGUCAAGAACAUGUAAUGCAUAGGAACGUUGAAGAUCUGCUGCAGGAAAUGAUUCGCCUGAAAGAGAUCCUCGAACGAAUGCCCAACGCCUUUCAUUCCAUCUCGACAAACCCCAACUCUGGUGAAAAUUAUGUACCAGUUCAACAGUGGGUACGCUGGGCCAAAUUUUCGGCGCCCCUAUCCAAGCGAUGUCCUGCGUCGUCUGGCUUGCAAUUUCCCCCUUACCUGGUGAUGGAUGCUUUUCUGGGUCGGAAGAAGUACACUUCCUUUCUCGGCGCCGAGGGUGUCCACCUCAGAGCCUGGCUUCCAUCCAACUUGCGUGCUUUUAUUGCGGCUAUAGAGUAUCACUAUCGAGUUCCCGAGUUUGUCGAAAAGUCUGGAGAUCCACGCCUUAUUGGCGUUCUGGAUGGCAUUGUCGAAGCAUACACAGGCGAACGCGGAUUUAUGGGAGUACACCGAUACAAGGUAUUCGGCAUACUCGAGGUUGCGGCCAAGACAGGCCGCUCGGAGACCAAUGGCGCCUCUGGCGCGGCUGAUGGCUCCAGGCCAUGGGAGGAGACACAUCGCCAGUUCUCUGAAGCCAUGAAAGAACGUCUUGAGCCCUACCGCGGAAACUUGUCUGUCGAGCCCCACCAGAUGCGAGGCACCUUUGAAGAGUGUCGCUAUGUUUCCCGAGUCUUGAACAGAAUGCCCGUCGACUCGGAUCCGAACCGUUCAAUGGCCCUCGUAACUUUGGACAUACAGGAGACAGGAAUCACAUUCAUGCCCGGUGAUCGUCUCGCGGUAAUGCCACUGAACAGCUGGAAGGAGUGCGCCAAAGUUGCCGCUGCGUUUGGCCUGGAGGAGCAUAUCGACAGUGUAGUCGACUUCAAAGACACGUGGAAUCGCUUCGGUAAUCAUCUCGCGUCUGUUAAACGGAACAACUGGCGAAAGCUGACGGUGACGGAUAUUCUCCGUCACGGGCACCUUGCACCCAUCACCAAGGAUCUUGCGCUAAAGGUGCACACCCUCCUGCACGCUUCAUCUCCCUCUGUUCUCCAAGUCUUGGCUACAGACGAGUGGCCAGUACGUGGCUCGUUGGGAGACAUGCUCCAGGACGCGCUCAUGGACACAUCGCCGCACAUCUGGGACAGGGCUUUCAGCCUGGAAGACCUGUCGUGGUUGGCCGAGCUAAUUCCUCUGGAAGUCCCCCGGACAUAUUCGAUCGCGAGUUAUGCCGAGGAACUUCUGCCGAGCACCGUCGACCUGGUUGUGUCACGCGCCGAGUACAAACUCUACUCCACGUUUGCUAGACAGGAAGACACGACACAAGUCGGUGUCAGCAGUGGAUUCUUGAACCCACUCCCAGUUUGCGAAGAAAUGCCAUCCAACGAUGAGAUUCUCAUUGGCGUCUCUCGCCCCGCAGCUUUCCAGUUGCCCUUUGACUCUAUGGCGCCUUGCGCGUUCUUCGCGGGGGGGAGCGGGGUUGCCCCGUUUCGAGGAUUCUGGCAGGCUCGACUAGCCGCCAGCGGACUGUCUGGUGGCACAAAUCACUUGUACUUGGGGGUCCAGUCUCGCGAGAAGUUCUGUUUCGAAGACGAACUGCGCGAACUUGUAAAGUUGGACUUUAUGAAAGUCCAUGUGGCAUUUUCGAGAGACUCGAGGGGCCUGGCCUACGACUCCGAGGCACACGACUUGGUGGAGAAGCAAGUCCCACCGCGCUACAUCGACGCCCUCCUCGUGGAGCAAGGCUCAACAAUCUGCGACCUCGUUAUGUCGAAGAAGCAAGGAGGCCUGGGCGGCCAUCUCUACGUCUGCGGAUCCCUUGGCGUAUUCGACGCAGUAAUGACUGGAAUCCGAAAUGCAAUUUACAAGUACCGAACGGCUACGAUGGACAAUGUUGACCUCAUACUAAACAAGGCAUUUGCUGAAAGACGGUUUAUGCUCGACAUAUUCGUGACGCCGAGGCCUCUCCCUUGCAAUUUGCCUACUAUCCCACUUUCGCAGCUAGCUUUGCACACCGGCCACCGGCCAGAAUCGCGUAUGUGGAUCGGCGUACAUGGAAGCAUCUACGAUGUUACGGACUUUUGCCCGAUGCACCCGGGAGGAACACUGAUUAUAAAAUCAAAUGCCGGGGUUGACUGCUCAAAAUCGUUUGAUAACCUGGCGCACACGAACAACCCCGAGGUGAGAAGCUUGCUGACCAAGUACUUUGUCGGGCACUUGACGCCAAAGCCAGAGUAUCAUGGGGAAAACGAGCUGUCGACUUUCUAUGACCUAUGGGCUUCCUAUCUCCGCACAACGGUUGAAACGCUGGUGUCGCAUCAGUUCGAGAUGUACGAGAUCAUGGGCGCGUCACUGGAAUCGUCCUCGUCGCACAGUCCAGCCGGCAGCAAUAACAUCUGGCUGCGGGAAACGCUUCCGAACAUCAUCGCUGUGCGAACGUUUUAUGCUUAUCAAAGCCGACUUUUACAAGGGGGCUUCGCAGCUCUAUUCGGGGCUAAGCUGCAGGAGCUUGUUCUCAGGCUGUCCUUUGUCCUCGCCAACACGAGCGGUCCCGGAUCGGACACGAAGCUGCCGGAUGUACUCGGCACCGUCGCCCGAGCAAAACUAAGCGCCGACGCCGCGGCCUGUACUAAUGAGGUAGGGCUCGUGGGACAAUUUGUAUGUGACGGGGACGCAUCGUUGCGGUUUCAAGAACGCGGCGUCUUUGCCUAUGCAGCGAAGAGCGUCGAACUUGACAUUGAGCUUCUCGAGGACCUUCGGCAGGAGGCCUGUAUUGGCAUGGACGCGUUUGAUAGCAUUGCCGCAGACUUUCCCACGCCGGAUACUGAAGAUGACCCCGACCACAGCUCUGACCGCCUCAUCGCCCUUUCUGCGGUCCUGCUCCAGAUACUGGAGCGCAUGGCUUGUCGACUAGCUACAUUCUACGCCCAGCUGGCGCAAUGUUCAGUCUAUCGUCCCGAGUUGGAACUCAACCCGGCCCGUUCGCGAUGGGCUCUGGUCCGGCGGUACAUACACGACGGCAGCCUGUUCGGCCUCGCGAAUGGAGCGGAGAGCAAUGUGGCCACCAAGCAGCAUUCUUCACGCUACCUGUCUCGAAGUAGCCCAAAUCAGAAGAUCGACUUUGAUAAGCUCAUGUCGCAGGUCCAAUCCAGUCUGGAAUAUGCACGUCAAGGGGCGCGCGCCAAUACGCCGGCCCAACCCACGCUAAACGCCGUGCACCAGGAGCGAGGGAAGAGCACUGGCGUGUUGAGUGUGGUUGCCAAUCGAGAGAAUGCCGGAGCGUCGAGGGCAAUGAGUAUAUUCGUGGAGAAGAACAAGAGGUCAAUACGGAGAUUGAGCAAGUUGCCCUCGGGCCCGUUAGAUCUCGAAGAGCUUCGAAAGGCGCUCCACCGGCGCCUCGUCACCAAGCCGGAAUUCUACUGCAUCGUCGCCUAG